CGGGAUGAGCAGCCACGGUUGGGGGUGCCUGUCCUUUGUGCAGUGCGGUGGUGCGAGUGUGUGAGGUGUGUGUGUGUCCGUGCAGUGUGUGUGUGAAUGGCGUGUGUGUGAGGUGUGUAUGUGGCGUACGUGUACGUGAAGUAUGCACCCCGUGUGGACGUGGCUGGUGCGUCUAAGGGGGUGACAGGCUGGGGGUGGGGGGAGAAGGCUCGGCUCCAACGGGGUUCGCGUGGGAGGGGUGCAGAGGCAGCAGACACAGCGCUCCCCUCCCCCAGCCCGCGUCGCCCCGGCAACCGCAGCCUCGGUCUGGGGCUCGGCCCCUCCCCCGCUCCGCCCCAGCUGCGAAGCGUCUGGAAAAGCAUCCUGCCUCCGCAUCCUCGUCCUGCGACCGCAUCCUGCCUGCCGCAGCUGCCGGUUGGAGACGCCUGUCGAGGAUCACCGUCCACCAUGGUGAGGCUGAGCUGCAGCUUCGGGAAGUCAAGCAAAGACUCGGGGGACCUGGAUGGGGCCGCCAUGGACAGCGUCCCUCUGAUCAGCCCCCUGGACGUCAGCCAGCUCCAACCAUCCUUCUCCGACCAGGUGGUCAUUAAGACGCAGACGGAAUACCAGCUGUCCUCUGCGGACCAGCCCAAGAAGUUCUCUGACCUGGAGGCCCAGAAGCUGAGCGGCAACCCCCUGGAGGACGGGCGGAGCAGGAUGCCCACAGGGCGGAUGAUUGCGUUCACCAUGGCGCUCCUGGGCUGCGUGCUGAUCAUGUACAAGGCCAUCUGGUACGACCAGUUCAGCUGCCCCGACGGCUUCCUGCUUCGGCACAAGAUCUGCACCCCGCUGACCCUGGAGAUGUAUUACACCGAGCUGGACCCCGAGCGCCACCGCAGCAUCCUGGCGGCCAUCGGGGCCUACCCAGUGGGCCGCAAGCACGGCACGGAGACGCCGUGGCUGGCGAACUACCACGCCUUCAAGGAGGUGCCCAAGGCGCGCGCCCGGCCGGGCGCGGUGGCGGUCACCGAGCCCUCGCGAAAGCCCUCGGGGAAGCCCUCCGGCAAGGCCUCCGCGCCGGGAGAGAAGGAGGCGGCGCAGAAGGUGGCGGGGAGCGCGCCUCCCCCAACCCCUCAGUGACGGCCCGGGCGCCAGUGGCCCGCCCGGGUGGGCCAUGGGGGGUCUUGCGCCGCCCCGCCGUGCCGGCUCUCACCCCUUCGUCCCUCUGUCACCGCGGCACCUCAGCCGGCACCUCCGAUGGUCUUCGCCGGACUCUCUCCCCGCUGUGGUUGUGCCCCCGCUCCCAGGCCCCCUCGCUGACGCCCCCGCCGUGGACCCUCUAGCGCUGCGGCUUUUCUCUAAAUAAAGAUCCCCAUCCACCUGG